UCCACAAGGUUGCUCGUCCGACGCCAAAAUAGAUGACACUUCAAAAACACUUUCGAAGCCUCAGUGUCGUCUGGGUAAGGUUCGAAGGUCGGGAGCGGCGCUGCCAGUACGGACUUGUGGCUUGGAGUAAGCGGACCUCUCGUCUGACAGCUGCCUGACGCUCUGCGCACCUUUUUCUACGGUCGAAAAAAAGCAGAUAGACCCCAGCCAGCCAGUUUGCCAGACGCAAGGCGAAGCCAAAGUCAGCCGGCCGCACAGACAAACAGACGCAGCCAUGCCUCGCUCCUACCUCAGGCCUCGCGCCCGCCCUUACGCCUUCAACACUGACUACUACUUGAACUUAUCGAAAUCCUCGGGAAGCACCAUCGAGUCGGAGAAAGUCGAAAUCACCAACCAGUCCGAUGCUCAGUCGCUCGUCGAGCGCAUCAAGCACUCGCCUCCCCGAGAAGUCCUGUACAUGGACCGCGCCUUCAGUGAGCCUCGGUUCGUGGGCCGCGCCCGUUCGAGCAGCUAUGAGUUCGAGCCCUUCGUGAGGCCGAGCUCCCUGGAGGAAGGCGACGUCAGGAUCGUGACGCCCUUGCACUACAAGCACCCCUACCGCCUGCCUGUCGAGGACGAGCGGCGGAGAUGCUGGCUAGUAGACCCCGUCUGGUUCCCGAACCCCUGGGCGUGGGACAGCAUCUGGGUACCCCCGCACGAGAACCGCUCCCAGCCGCACUUCGGCUACGAGGCGUACCGCCAGCUCAUUUUGAAGUACCUCGAGCUCAGGAAUCGCAAAUACACCGUGGUCCUCCGGCUCUGUCCGCUCCACAAGCACCUCGUAGAUGACGGCAACGGUGUCCUUGUUUAACGACUGCGUGAUCUUGCCAACAGGUGAAAGAAGAGCCCCGAGUGACGCUGUCGAAGCUCCACCCGUACCGCCUGCCCGUCGAGGACGUCCGCGUGCCCCCGCACGAGAGCUCCGAGUGGCCUGCCUCCGUGCCGCACUUCAACCUCGUCUCCUCCUACGACCUCAUGGUCAAAUUCCUCGGCAUUGGCUGCAAAGAUUGCUAACGAGGGGCGGUGGUGUCAGCUUGUGAAUGUGGGGCAUGAUGGGGUCAAAUUUGUUCAUGAGGGGCAUGAUGGUAUUAAUUAUGUUUAAAGGGGGGCAUGAUGUUGUCAAAUUUGUUCAUGAGGGGCAUGAUGGUGUCAAAUUUGUUAACGAGGGGCACGGUGGUGUGCCACUUUUGUUAAGGAUGUCAAAAUUGUUAAUCUAGGGCCUGUUUUUUUUCUUCAUCUUCCUCUCAUUCUCUCUCGAUAGCAAUCACUCUGCCUCGCAUUCUGUCUGUCUCUCUCUAUCUCGUCAACUGUGGGCCUGUGUGUAGAUUUUUUUCAUUCUUUCUUCUCUUUCUCUCUCUUAUUCUUCUCUUCCACCAAAAUUUAUGGCAAUGUUUCACAAGACAGGAGAGGGACAAAGGUCUUCUUUGUUGUUCUUGUGAUUAUGUAAAGGAAAUUUUGACGGAGAAAUGUGCGAAAGUUCCAGUCAUGCAUAAUCAUGAAUACAGGAAUAUUACCCUGCAUUUUAUUCAAGAUCAGUCGUCUUAUAUGUAAGAAAUGUUAUCUGUGAUCAAAGAAUGUAAAGCACAAAACGCACACAAAAAUUAUACAUAUAUCAAUGAAAGGUAUUUCUUUUUGUUUUAUUUUUUCAUCAUUCUUUUGUUCAUACUUGCCUACCUUCGCCUAUCCAUAGUUAUCAUGAAUUGUCAGUUUACACUGAUGGUCCCUUGUCUAUCAUAAACAAAAUCUUUGGAAUGUAGAUUCCAGUUUGAUUUUUUCGCUUUGUUCGAUCAUAUAGUCAUUUUUUCUCAAUAGCAUUACUAAUUUUUCUAUGUGAUAUUAUUAUGACCUUUAUCAUCCAUACCAUUUUAUAUGCUUCAGUUCUGUGAGCUGGUUCCAUGGUUGGUUCCAUACCUGGUUCCUUAGCUGGUUCAUGGACAUUUGGUGUACGUGUGAACAGAGCUUAUCGCACUAAUACACAUGUACAUGCUGAUCUGAAUAAUAUAAUGAUGUUGUAUACA